ACCACUAAAUUAAGACGGAUACAGAUGUGUUAUUUCAGAAGAUGCACUUGACCUCCAUCCAUCCAUUCGCCCCUAUGUGCUCAUUUUUACACACUUACCCUGUGGACUUCACUUAAUUUUCAGCGCGGUUAUUUUGCAGCUUGAAGCCUGCUAAAUUCUAAGCUACCAAGUAUCGCCAUAUUUUUGUGGUAUUUACUUCAACAGAGAUUUGUAUUUCUUACUUAGAAGCUAAAACACCUAGGUGUGAUGCAGGUCAGAGACUUUUUCCUUUAACACCAGUGGAAGACGUGAUGAAAGAAACACAUAGACUGUAGACUCUGUGCAUUUAGGCUAAUUAUUUCAUAUUUUAUGACAUCACUUGGCAUCGUGACAGGGUUUACCUUGCUGAAAAACAUGUCCGGCAGAUGGUGGAUCAAGUAGGCUGUGUUGUUAGCAAGGCUACAUUACAGACACAGUAAUGACCUCUUUACACCUGGAGUUGCAGUGAUGUGCACCUGCCUUAGGUGGUUUUCUUUCCUGGUGCAUUUCGUUCUAUGGAUCUGAUGUCUCUUUUCCAACACCUACUGCUGGAUUUUUCAAUGCAUUAGGAAAAGCUUCCUGAGUGUGUGCACUUCACCCCCAAUUGGACUCCUUGGAAACAUUUUACCACAGACUCAUUGGCAAUGAAUCAGUCAAGCAGUGUCCUGAAGACAUGCUUCUACUCCAGCAAACUUUUCCACUCCUGUUUGACAUAGUUAGCAUUGUGGAGGGAGAUCAGCUUCCUGAGGCCUUGACUGCAUUUAUUAUUGACCUGUUGGAAAAAGUAAAGUCUCUGUUUGGCAGAAAUGGAUCAAUACCAGAUGCUGUGCAACUGGAUGUACACCGCACAAGUGAUGUAGAAUACUAUCCUUGCCUGCCUGUGGUAAGAAGUCGUGGUGACUAUUGCCUGGAUGACACAACUCCAAACAUCUGCACAAAGAGGAGUACUCGACAACCAUCCUUACUUCCUGGAGUUUUAUUAGUGCACUGUAAACAAGGUAUAACUUAUGGAUUUAAUGUAAUGCUUUGCAACGAAUCUCCUAACAUCCCAUUUACAGUGUUUCGAAUGCGUUUCUCACGAGGUGCCCGUCUGGUUAUCUACGACAACUCUUGCAAUUUGCUUUCGUAUUGUUUAAAUCGGGAUCCUGUCUUUUUCAAGAACUCUCAGUUCCUUGUGGAUCGAUUGCAUUGGCGGGAUCAUACAGGUUGCUCUGAGGCUUACAACCUCUCCCGUUACCCUCAGUGGGACACCUUAAACAGUCAGGCAGCAGAACAAGCCUAUUCAAGCUUGAAGUCUUUCAAAGGAUUCUUGUCAUACAUAAACGAAAAGAACUUCAUGACUCAUUGUAUAUUUUUCAUUUGGUAUCGAAAUUCGCUACGGCGUAAGCAGCUCGAGUCCCAAGGUGUAGCAAUGUAAUUUGCGAUAAGUUUUAUGGGAUGAAUAAUUAAUUCGACUGAUUUGAACAGGUCGGCGGCCGCUGCAUAACGAAUUGUCUCUAGUUUGUCGAUACAUUUCAGGCUUUAUCUUGAAUGAGAAUUGACCUUUAUUUAAGUUUCUUUCAGUUCCUAUUUAUUAACAACUUUGGUUUUUAGCGUGGUAAUACAGUGCGUCUUUAAAUUAGUUUGAACAGGCCGGCCAAUGCAAAACGGCCUGUCUUGUUUUAUUUCGAACAUUCCCGCCCUUUUCAAUACCUUUCUCGUCUGCAUCUUGAAUGAGAAUUAAUCGUUUUGAAGUUUCUUUUAAGUUUGUUUCAUUUGGCGACCGUUAAUUGGGAAUUUGAGGCUUCAUCUCAUAAAGUAAUUGUUCUCUUGUUUUUCUUUAUUUUCACAUUUCGGUAUUUUCUCGCGCAGCGUAGAAAUGAUUUGAUGGUUUCUACUCUCUGUUUUCCUUUGAUUUUUCCGUGUUUUAUUUUUUGUUGUUGCCGUGAGCUAAUUUUGGACACCUUUAGUUCAUUUUAUUUUAUCGGGAAUUUAUCUUACUGCGUCUCAAGAUCAUUUGAGGUGCCGUGAGCAGAUUUUGCAGUGUCACAAAAGUAUUUAGUUUGGCCGUAGGCGAUUUUAAUUCAACACUGAUGAUCCACUAGAAACUGUACUUUUAAUAUUUUAGCCGCUUAUUUACCAGAAUGGAAAAAAAUAUUCUUAAGUGCAGUAAACAAUUCAUAACUGUGGGGCUCCGCUUUUAGGCUUGCCUAAAUUUAUAUAUUAACAAGACUAAAUGAUAGAAAAUAGUUUCUUGCCUUUUGUUUCCCUUUCUUAUCAAGAUAUUAGUAACACUUGACUGACUACAAGGCUGUUCCAUUGCAAUGUAAACGAUUUUCUUAAGUCAGAUAAAGUUUCAACUUUUU